ACUAGUUAGUCAAUCGGUGUCCGACCGAAACGAAAGAUCUCGCUUUCCCUAAAGAGAACAAAAUUCUAAUCAGAAUAAUUUUCUUAUUCUUAAUUAAUUAAUUAUUUAAUAUUUGUAGAACUUUUGACCCAAUCGACUUUGUCUACAAGAAAUUUAGACUUUAAGAAGUAUCGAAUCGCAACAACUUCAUAGUGCAGUAAAAAAACGAACCCAAAACAUAUCGAAUAAACCCAGAAAAAAGAGCAACAACAAUUUAUAUUUAAAUAUAGCAUAACUACGCCACACACAUACAUUGAUAACUUUAGUGCAAACGAACAUUCAUCCAACUUGUAUAUCCCAUAUCCUGACGGUAUUAAAACCCAAGUCAACACGAAUUCAAAACAAACAUACGCACCCACGUCCAUUCGAUAUCAAUAAAUAGCCGAUAAAGAGAUUACAGCGAAAUAAAUAGCCAAGGAAAACAACAAUAAACUACCGUUGUACAAAAGUUCUAUAAGAGACGGAAAUAAGAAAAUUUGAAAGAAAAAAUAGAAAAGAACAAAAAAGAUAAAACAAAUAUUUAUUUAAUCUAUUAAAUAUCGAGCAAAGACAAUAUAAAUCCCGUUAAAAAAAAUUUCUGCGAUAAGUGCAAAAAAAGCAAAUUUAUAAUAGAAGAGAGUGAGUGUGAACAUUUCAAAAAGAGAGUGACGUCACUUCCCUCCCCAAUAAGAUUGUGUAUUAGUAAUGCAAUUUUUGGUUGAUAAAACCUGCGGAUCAAAGAUAAUUAGUGUUUAGCUACACAUAUAGCUACCUAUGUACACAUGUGAAUAGCUGCAGCUCAGUUAAGAGAGAUAAUAGAACGAUUAUUUAUAGUAGCUGCAUGUGAAUUGAUUCAAGUGUCAUCACCGCCAGCAACAAAGUGUCAGAAUACAAACAAAUGUCAAUUAAAUUGAUGUAACUGAGAAUACGACAAUAGCAAAAACAAUCGACUAAAUUGAAAUUGGAAAUCGUCAUCAAAAGGAUUAUCUAUUUUAGGAUUCAACAGGUGUUGAUAAACGCCACAAAGGAAUCCCACGAAGUGCCAUACGGAAGAAGAAAUAAGAAACGUACACUAUAAGAAGAACAUUGGAUAACUGCUACAUUCACUCACUCACACACACACACAUACACAGAACAACAUUUGUUCGCUAUUGCAAAAUUAUUAACCAUUGACUGAGUGACUGACUUAUUGACUCACAACAAAGAACGGGAUUUUGGUUUGCCACAAGACGGUGCUUUCAAACAUCUUUUUUACAUUAAAGAAGAUACAUUAAAGAAAACACACAAAAGAAAUCACAACAAUUGCAGAAUUGAAAAUUGAAAAGCAAAGCUUUAGGAAAGCUUACAAGGAAUUUGCAAAUCCAGAAAGAGAGAGAACUUUGUUUGGAAACAAAACAAAAGAAGAAAAACGGUCGGACGAAACCGUUCAAUGCUUUGAAAAACGAACUUCAUACAACGUCCCAGGGCAUUUGUAUGAAUUAUCACACAGACUCAAGCAGCAAUGGCAGAUAAACUGAAAACGACCUCUAGCAUAUCGUCGAACACACAACAGGCUUCCGCUGCCCGGCCCAAUAGCAGGGAAGCCGAACUGAUGACCAAGCUGGCUGAGCACAUCAGCGACAGCUAUCGAAUGGUCAAGCACAGACAGCAAAAGCUGUACGAUCUAACGAAUCAAAUGAAACUGCAAGAACAGAACUCGGCCGCUGGUCGGUUGAGGGGCAAAUUGUCAUCCGAUGAGGAAGAAUGGCAGGAGGUGUACUCGCCGAAGAACAAGCUGAAACGCAAGAAGACCCUAUCGGCCUCGUUGACAUCGGUAACAGAUUCUGUGAAUCAGGAGAAACGAACUCGUAUCGAGGGCAUACAACUGAAUUGUCGCGGUAAACUCAUUUUGAAGGAGAACCAAAACAUCAAUUCGGAAAGUCAACAUCAAAACCCAAAACAACAACAACAAACUCAAGUGCGUUCAGUUAACAGAGCGGAAAAGUCAGAGAAACUAAACGGCAAACCUCCUUUGCCACCCAAAAAUGCCAGUCAGAGUGAGAGCACACCCAAUGCCACCAACGCCAAGGGCCCAGGUGUUGCCCCACCUCCACCCAGACUCAAGCGUAAGCUUCAGGAGAAUGUUCAAACCAUACAAAAGUUAAAUGCUCUCACCGAGCAAUUGCGUUUGGAAAUUAAUGAACUGAAAUCAAGUCUCACCACCGAGAGGGGAGCUGUACGAGUGCUGAGAGCUCAAAAUGAAGCUGAAACUCGAAAGUGGAAAGCGGAGGUAAAGAAACUUCAGACUGUCGUAGAACAUUUGAAGAAAACUGGCGCCCAAAAGAAAUCAGAGUCCUCCUCAACCAACACAAAUGCCGACAAUUUGCCACAGGCCGCUGUAGGCGGCCUCGUUAACUAUGAAAUCCAAAGACUGACCAAUGAAAUUAAUGCCUUAAAGGAAGCUAAUAAAGCCCUGGAAGAAAAGAAAGUGAUUAAUUGCGACGCUGAUAGACGAAAAGCAGCUGAUAUACGCGAAUUAAAAGAUUCUUAUGAAAUCCGAUUGACUCAAAUACAAAAAUCUGCCAAAAAUGAAAUAUCACGAUUGCUAGAGGAAAUAAAAACCAAAGAACGCAACAUUGGGCAACUGAAAAAGGAUUUACAGACAUUACAAAACUCAAAGAGUUUUACCAGCAGAAAUGCAACGACAAAUAAAACAAAUACUUCAACGAAUAAAACGACGACGCUUAAUUUAGAUAAAAAACCAAAGAUUAGUACUAACAAUAAUGGCAACAACAACCAUAACAACAAUGUUAAUAAUAACAAUGCAACUACUUCAAACAACAAUAAUAAUAACAAUACCAAGCAGAUGCUGCCAUCUAGCGGUGUUUGUUGCAACUGCAAACAACAGUUGCAGCCGCAACAGCCGGAAUACCCCGAUGCAACAGCGUCGAACGAGGUUGCAUCAAACAUCCCCCGCACACCUGUUAGAAAGGAAUGCAACGUGGAAACAGAAGAGAAGGAAACCCAAACAGAGUUGGAGAACUCAGAUGAGAUUUCCAAAUUGAAAAAUAUUGAACUAAUUAAUAACACAAAAAAUGUCACAACAACGAAUCUCCAGAGAUCAGCAACAAAAAUACUCAGCAGCCGAGAUAACGGCAAAGAUAUUGAGACAAUAUCGGCAUCACUGAAAUCCAUACACCAACAACUGAAAGCACUCGAUAUACCUGAAGUACAACACCACAACAAUUGCAUGAAUCUAAUCAAUGAUAAUGGACAAUUUAGUACGCUACUCACCACCACCACCACCGCCAGCACCACGAACACCACCACUAACAAUAUAACACCCUGCAACACCUCAUCUCCCUCAUCGCCCACUUCCAAUCCAAGUGCAAAAAUGUUGACAACAAACAACAACAAAGAGGAAUUGAUCAACGAUCAUUUGGAGGAGGAACAAGAACUGACACAGCAUUUGAAUAACAAGGCCAUAGAAGAGGAGGACAUAACCAAGCAGAGCGAUCUUCAUCACAAUCACAGUCAUUCGGAUUCCGAUUCGGCGCUAUCCUCUGCACCGCCCAGCAUAAGUCCACAGCCGCCAGCGAAUGGUGUGGAGCCAACUGAUAUUUGGCAAACGAUACGCAGCUACAGCAAUGACAUUGAGAAGCUACAAAAGGAAGUCGAUUCCUUGAACAAGGAAAACGAUAAGCUGCGCCAAGAAUUGAAUAUGGCCAAAGAACAAAUCAUUGAUUUGGAAAAUGUUGCCCUAGAGCACAAUGCCAGCAAUGAGAAACACCAACAACUCUUGGAGAGAAUAAAAUGUUUGGAGGACACUGAAAAUGAUCUGAGAGAACAGAAUGAACUCUUGGAAUUCAGAAUACUCGAAUUGGAAGAUAAUGCUGGUGAUAAGUGGUCGCUACAAAAUACCAGCAAUCCCGGUUCGAAUGUGCCACAAGGCAAUCAAAAUGUAUGGUCAUGCCCAACCAGUGGUGGGGGACCGGCAAAACCCGAUCCCUUCGAAAUGCUAUUCGGCAGCAACAGCCACACGAGUACAACGUCCAACAGUGCCCAACUGGACUCGGGCAUCAUUUCACCCCAAAGUCAAAGCCAUCACGAUGAACUGAUCGAUAUCAACAAUGACGAGCUGUGUCGCCGUCUGGGUGAUCUACUCAAGAAGACCACGCUCGAUGAUGAGGAGAAACACUGUUUGCAACAGGUUCUCAAUUUGGUGCAGCAGUUGGAUGCCCUGACGCCGCGCAGUGGUCCCUGUUCCCUGCUGGCCAAUUCGUCCAGCGAAGAGGCCAGUAGCAUGGAUGGUUUGGUUAAAACGCGCAUUUCCGAAUUCAGCAGCACAUCGUCAUCGCCAUUGUCCAGCAUUCGUUCGAACAGCGAUAAGAGUUCCACAGCGUCAGCCACAAAAUCUUCGACAUCAAGUCCUGCAACGCCUCGCAUUGUCGCCACCGUCCAGCCGUACAACAGCCAACAGAUUGUGCCGCACAACACCCCCACAGACUCGCCUCGCAAAGUCCGAGCCCAGCACCAGUACAGCAAUAGUCUGAGUGAGAGCGGCGUGUUCGUAGAAUCCGAUUUCCUGAGCGAAUCGGGCGAGAACACGGUCUGCACGCAAACCGAUUUCGAGGACGCCUCGACAUUCAACAAUUAUCUGAGCACACCGACCAAAACAGUACCUGCCCUCACAAGCCACCACCAUUUGCUGCAACAGUUUCAACACCCACCACCAUCCUCCCCCAACCUCAGUGAACAAAAGCGCCUGCAAUACUACAAAGAACGCCUGGAAGCUCUCGAGGGCAAAGUCCUCAUCUACGAGAGUUCGGGCGACGUUCAAGCCAAACGCUUGGCCGAGCGACUGCAGCGUGAAAUUCUGCUCGAGAAAGAGGUCAAAGAGUUGCGAGAUCGCGUCGAGUUCUUGGAAAGCGAAAACUGCACACUCGAGGAGGAAAAGUGUGAGUUCGAGGAAGCGGAGAAUGAUACCAGACUUCGCCUGCAGAGGUUAGAAAUCGAAUUGGAGAUUCUCAGCCAACGCAACGUUGAGCUGGAAAUGUCCAGAGAGGCCCUCAGUGCCAAGUACAAAGACUGUCACUCGGAGUGCAUGAUUCUGCGAGACGAUAUAGCCACCAGCGAAACUCACAUUCGCCACCUGGAGGAGGACAAACAAAAGGCCAAAGAAAAUUUCGAAUUUUUACACAACAUUUUGCCAGUGUUGUUGGUGUACAACACCGCCUGUACCUUGACACAGGCUCAGGGACAAAUCCCCCCGCCUCCACCACUGACAGCCACAGAACAGGGAACACCAACAAAGGGCAUGGGUAAUCAGGUGGUCACAAGUCCAAAGGCCAGUCGUCGUUCGCCUUGUGUCGAAAUGAUGACCAGAGAACAGAGCCGCUCCCCCGACUGUCACGAGCGUGAAAUUCACUAUCUGAAGGAGGAGAUCAAAUGUCUUCGCCAUCAAAUCAAGGAAUUGAAUAGUCGCCACUAUGCCGCCAUGGAAUCAGCCGAUUCCCAUUGGGUGGAUCUCGAACGGGAGUACAAAGAACGUGAGGAACAGUUCCGUUCCAAGGAGCUAUCCCUGAAACAGAAAAUACAAAAAUUGCAAGACUGUUUGCGCGAAGAUGCUCGCUCGGCCAAUGAGAAGAUUUGCCAACUUGAGGAGACCGAACAGGGCCUUAAGACCUGUCUGGUGAAAGUGUCAAAAGAACACCAAAAACUGGUCGAGGAACACAAGGGCUUGGUCAGCGAGUUCGAGCGUCUCAAAGAACAACACGAGCAACUGAAGGAGCAACAAAAGCCCCUCACCGAAGCUCUGGAUGUCGAAAAGAAACGCAACAAGAGUCUGAUGGACGAACUGGCGUUCAUGCGCAAGUUGCAGCAUGAAACAGAGAACCAGACCAAGACCGAACUCGAUGUGAUGCGCAAUCAAAUAUUCGACCUAAAGAAGGAGUACCUGCACAUCGAGGUGACGAACGGUGAGCUGAGAGAAGAGGUGGCCACAUUGGAGCUGCAGGUGGACACUCUGCAGAAUGCCCAUCGCGAUUGUGAGGAAAAGCUACGCUGUCUCACCGACGAGAUCCGGACCAAGGAUGAGAUCUGCCAAAAACUUGAAAAACGUUUGGAACGUUCAGAGGGAUACAGUUUGGCCGAUGAGUUGGGCGAUACACCGUCCAAGCGUUUCAAGCGCGAGGACGUCAAGGAUCUGCAAACAGCCAGCAAAGGUUUGGGUAAUGCCUUGAGGCACAUGUCUGAAUGUGAAAAAAUGCUCCCCACCCAAAAACAAUUUCAAACCGUGGCCCGAGAUGUGAAAAAGUUGGCGGAUACUCUUUUGCAUGGCGAUUUGAAAGAUGAUGAAGAGAAAUCGCAGCGUCCUCCGAAACUAAUUUUAACCGAAAUAACGAGAAUAUAAAUACACCACAGCAGCCUUCAAGCCCCUUCGAACAAAUCCAAACACAGCCGAUCUAUCAAUUUAUGGAACAAUCACCCAAGAGUUCAUAUCAAUCUCCAAUUGGUCUACCAUUUGCCUACCAUCAUUGUUCAUGUCUGCCCAUUC